CUCUCUCUUUGUGUGUAUAUUGGAGAAGAAAUUAAACUCUCAGAAAGUGAAGUAAAGAUUAACAGUUGAUUGAUAUGAUAGAUGGCGAUUGCACGGAGAUUUCUAUCAACCAAUAAUUCGGCAACAGCUCCGCCGUCUGUGGCGAAGGCGGCUGUGGCGGAUCCGCCGUCGGAGGUGACUGUGGAGUCUGAUUUUGUUGUUAUACUGGCGGCGCUGCUGUGUGCGUUGAUUUGUGUGGUAGGGCUUAUUGCCGUUGCUCGGUGUGCGUGGCUGAGGAGAGGCGGCGCCGGGGAGAACGGGCGGCCGAGAGGACAUCCGGCGGCGAAUAAAGGCUUGAAGAAGAAGGUGCUCCAAUCGCUGCCUAAGUUCGUUUACGGCCCCGCUUUUGUCGCCGAGAAUGGCGGAAAGCAGUUCGCGGCGGAUUGUGCGAUUUGCCUGGCGGAGUACGUUGAGGGCGAGGAGAUCCGAAUGCUCCCGCAGUGCGGCCACGGGUUCCACGUGCAGUGUAUUGACACGUGGCUGGGGUCCCACUCAUCCUGCCCCUCGUGCCGACAGAUCCUCAUCGUAGCUCGCUGCCGGAAGUGCGGCGGAGGAGAGUUCCCGCAUAUCACCGGCGCCGGAGAUGAAACUCGGCUCCACGGCGGCGGCGGCGUCGGAGGUAAUUUUCUGGUAUAGCUAGCUUGGCCCCGACCCGAACCGAACCCCCACUGUAAAGCCGUAACCGUAAAAACUGUAUCGGGACAAUUCAGUUGACUUGUGGGACCCAACAACCCACGCCUGUAACCCGUGAUUUCCGGCACGGCCAUGUGACUUCCGGGUCGGGGUAAGGACAGGACAGUUUUCCGGAUGUUAUCACGGAUUAGUUACUCCUAGUACUAGGUACAUCUUAACUUCUUGUAGUGCUUAUUCAUGUACAUACAAAUUAUUACAAACUUAACAUGUUUGGUAAUUUCCGUUAAGUUCAAGGUACACUUUUUUUUUUUUUUUAAAUUAAUGAGUUUGGUCAUAAUUCACCUAAUCUUGUAGCUGAAAGAGGAUUUUAUUAGCGUGUA